AAGACGCGUGCUGAUGACGCGCUAAAGCGUCGACAGUCGGUGUUGAAUCGUGUGUUUACAUCUUGGAUGUUGUGUCUCUAAGGUUUUUUGUUUUUUAUUGCUGGUAGCAAACGGGUGAAAUGUGAUUGUUGAGGUUUUGUUUUAACGCUCAGCGGCCCGAGGAGGCAGCAGGAAGAUGGAUCACUGCAGGAAACAGGUGAAAUCCGACUGCGAGGAGCUGCUGAGCCGCUUCCAGCGAACAGAGUCCGUCCGGUUCGAGAUUUUCUCCAACAUAUGGAGGGAAAUGCGGUUCUCACAGAUCUUCUACGGCACCGUGAAGCAUGAGAAGCGAGCGUUCAGUCGGCUGGUUCUGGACACCGCCUGCAGCUUCCUACUGCCUCCGUUCAGCUUCCAGAUCAGAGUUGGAGGACUUUAUCUGCUGCACAGCUUGUAUCAGUGUCAGACCGCCUCGCCCCCGGAGCAGAUCCGCCUGGCGCUGAAGGACUGGGAGGACGUGAAGAAGUUUGAGAAGGACGCUGUGGACGCCCAGCACCUCGACGUCGUUUACGUCCUCCAACAGCUGAUGUUCCGCAAAGCUUUCCACUUCACCGCCAUGCCCACUCUGCUCUCCUUCCAGAAGAAGAGGAAGGUGGAGAGGACGGCGUUGUGUGAAGAGUUCAUGGAGCGAGCGUCUCGUCCACAGGAGCUGAUCAACAUCGAGCGGCUGGAGGAAUUGUCCAACAUUCAUGAGCUCUAUGAGAAGCUGAAGGCGUCUGUCUCUUCGACGUCAGAACCGGCGGUUUCGUCCGUCAACCUGCUCCGUAAUGAGCUCGUCCCUCAGCUGCGCAGCUCUGUGGUGGAUUUCUACAACUGGCAGCAAAAGAAGGAUGGGAAGGUUGAAGAUGAAGACGACGAUGAGGGAGCGUCGUCUCAGCAGGAGUCCUCCAGGAGAGCUGAGCUCCUUGCCUCCAUCAAGUCAAAAGCAUACGGAGAGGCAGCAGAGGCCUCCAAGUCCCGGCGUCAUCGUCAGGUGGAGGUGGAUCCCACCGGUGAUGAGUCUGGACCCUCCCCCUCGUCAGGUUACUCCAGAACAAAUAAACUGUCACUCAAAGCCAGAACCAACCAGAACAUACAUAUCGCAGGUGACAUGUGGAAAGAAGCCACAAACACCACUCGCAUCAAUCGUCUCACCACGCUGGACUUCGUCCCUGAAGAAAAACCAAAAAAGUACAUCAGAUUCAAGUGGUGACGAAGACACUGCUGGAGUCAGCCUUCAUCCUGAGUGGAGCUUCUGCCUGGAAUAUUUUAUUAUAUAUUUGUUUUAAAAUGUGGUUGUUGUUGUAAUUCAUUUUAAAUGUUUGCGUUGACAGUCAUGUAUCAUAGAAAAGGCGAAUGUUUUAACAUUUUAAAACGUCAUGUAUUUUUUAAAGAGUCUCAUAAUGGCAGAAACUUAAACAUACAAAGUGAUCUGUUAAAGAAGAAAUAUUGAUCUGACUCUGCUUCUGUUCCUGAAUGCAGCGCCUUUGUAAAGAGUUACAACAAACUCAGCAAAGCAAAGAAAUUAACAGUUUUAUUUGUUUCUAUUUCAUAGCCAUCACUUGUUAAAAUUUUAACCCGUACCUGCCUCUUUUUUCUUUUGUACUUAAGGAACCAUAUGUUGUGACAAUAAUUCA